GCACUGAGUACGCAGCACUGAGCAGAUCUGUUCUUUGAACUGAGCAGGAUGUGCAGUACCAAGAAUUUGCUCCUGACUGCUUUGUUCUCAGUGCUGCUACUGCAGUUCGGCAGCCUGUCAGCAGCAGUCAGCAUCUAUGACUGUUGCCUCCAAUACACAGCACGUAUAUGGCACCCUAAGAAUCUGGUGGGGUUUGUACUACAGCAGUCCAAAGAGGUUUGUGACAUCGAUGCCGUCAUUUUUUUCACAAAGAAAAAAAGAGCUAUAUGCGCAGACCCGAAGAAGGCUUGGGUAAAAGAAGCAAUGCGUGUCCUCAGUUCUUAG